UUAGCUUGGAGUGAAUGUUAUUUUUAUUGAGCAUACGACAUGUCGUUUAGCCUGUCGAGAAAAGAACAAGGAACUCAGCGUGUCGUUUAACAUAUCUGCGACUCUAAUGAAAAAAAGAGCGAAAGUUCAACAAAGCGACAAAUGAUGGCGGCAGCAAGUACCGGAAAAUGUUUGCUGGUCACCGGUCCUCCGGGCGUGGGCAAAACCACUCUCAUCAUUAGAGCUUAUGAGUCCCUGAAGGCCUCAAAUCCUUCUCUAAAAUUUCAGGGUUUCUACACUCGUGAGGUUAGACAAGGAGCUCAAAGAGUUGGGUUUGAAGUAGUCACCUUGGAUGGCCAGAAAGCUCCUCUGGCUACAACAACCUCCACUAGCUCUGAUUCCUUUAGAUGGCCAACUGUGGGAAGGUACAAAGUAGAUGUAGCAUCCUUUGAGUCUUUGGCACUGCCCCAACUUCAGGUGAAAGAAGAUACUGAUCUCUUUAUCAUUGAUGAAGUUGGAAAGAUGGAGUUGUACAGUUCAUCUUUUUUCCCUGCUGUUCUUAAAGUUCUGGAAUCAAAUAUACCAAUCUUAGCUUCUGUUCCAAUUCCAAAAUCUGGACGUGAUAUACCUGGAGUUGCUAGAUUGAAGAAUCAUCCUGGUGCAACAAUCUUUACACUCACUGAGAGUAACAGAGAUGCAAUGAAAGAGCAGAUAUCCUCUCUUUUGGCUGAUUUACUGAGAAAAAUAUAGACCUUUAAGAGUGAUUGGAUUUGCAAUUUUUUAAGUUAUCAUUUUCCUCACUUGGGUCAGAGUUUGGUAUGCAGGCUAGUUUUAGCAGCAGGUCAAUGGAUUUAGAAUCAGUUAUUCUUUCCUUAUGACCGUUUCCUUCUCUAUAUUUGCUCUUUACAGUUUCUAAUAGAAAAAUACUGGACUUACCAUUAACUUAUGAAAGAAAGUAUUGUCGUAUACUUGAUUUAA